AUGGGUCAGAGGCGGUCUGUCAUCACAUGCGUGGCGACGCCCUCCCGUCCUCCCACCGCCCACGGGCCCAAGCGGUCCAAGGUGGAGAUCAUCAAGGAGAAGUCCGACUUCCUGCGCCACCCGCUGAUGCAGGAGCUGGUGACCAAGGAGACCAACAUCUCUGAGGAGGCGGUGCAGCUCAUGAAGUUCCACGGCUCCUACCAGCAGGACGACCGGGAGAAGCGGGCCUUUGGCUCCGGCAAGCUCUACCAGUUCAUGAUGCGCACCAAGCAGCCCUCCGGCCUGGUCUCCAACAAGCUCUAUCUCGUCAUGGACGAGCUGGCCGACCUGUACGGCAACGGCACGCUGCGCCUGACCACGCGGCAGACCUUCCAGCUGCACGGCGUGCUGAAGGGCGACCUGAAGACGGUCUUCUCGUCCGUCAUCAAGGCCAUGGGCAGCACGCUGGGCGCAUGUGGCGACGUCAACCGCAACGUCUGCUCCCCGCCCGCGCCCUUCACCGACCGCCCCGACUACGCGGCGGUGGCCAAGGUGUCGGAAGACGUGGCGGCGCUGCUGGCCCCCCAGUCCGGCGCCUACUACGACGUCUGGCUGGACGGCGAGAAGUUCUUCAGCCUGGCGCGGGAGGACCCGGCGGUCACCGCCGCGCGGCUGGACACCAGCCACGGCGCCUCCUUCCCCGGCUCGCCGGAGCCCAUCUACGGCGACCUGUUCCUGCCCCGGAAGUUCAAGGUGGCGGUGACGGUGCCGGGGGACAACAGCGUGGACGUGCUGACCAACGACCUGGUCAUCGUGGUGCUGUCCGACCCCGCCACCCGCGCCACCACGGGGUACCACCUCAUGGUGGGCGGCGGCAUGGGCCGCUCCCACGGCAAGGCCUCCACCUUCCCCCACCUGGCGGCGGACCUGGGCACGGUGGCCCCCGCCGACCUCCUGGCGGCGGUCAAGGCGGUGGUGGCGGUGCAGCGCGACUACGGCCGGCGCGACGACCGCAAGCAGGCGCGGCUCAAGUACCUGAUCGUGGAGUGGGGCAUGGACAAGUUCCGCAGCGUGGCCGAGCAGUACCUGGGCAAGCGCUUCGGCCCCCCCGCCGCGCUCCCGCCCUGGGAGUUCCGGCCCUACCUGGGCUGGAUGGAGCAGGGCGACGGCCGCCUGGCCUACGGCGUGUACGUGCGCAACGGCCGGGUGCGGGGCGAGGCCAAGAAGGCGCUGCGCGCGCUGGUGGAGCGCCACGACCUGCCCCUGACCAUCACCGCCAACCAGAACCUGAUCCUGCGCGACGUGCGGCCCGAGCUGAGGGACGAGGUGGAGGCCACGCUCACGGCUGCGGGCCUGCCGGGCCACGAGACCUUGGACCCGCUGGACGCGCUGUCCAUGGCCUGCCCCGCCAUGCCCCUCUGCGGCCUGGCCAUCGGCGAGGCGGAGCGCGCCUCGCCGGACAUCGUGCGCCGCCUGCGCGGCGUGCUGGACUCGCUGGGCUUCCCCGCCGCUGAGCGCUUCGUCGUCCGCGUCACGGGCUGCCCCAACGGCUGCGCGCGGCCUUACAUGGCGGAGCUGGGCCUGGUGGGGGACGGCGCCACCAGCUACCAGGUCUGGCUGGGUGGCACGCACGGCGCCACGCAACUGGCCCAGCUCUACGCGGAGCGCGUGAAGCUGGACGACUUUGAGAAGUUCUUCACGCCCCUCUUUGCGCUGUUCAAGGAGCAGCGGCUGGGUCCGGAGGAGAGCUUUGGCGAGUUCACGUCCCGGGUCGGCUUCCCGGCGCUACAUGCGCGCCAGCUGGCGGACGGCGCGGUGGAGGAGCCCAAGGCCAAGGGGCCCCGCGGCGGCCGCAAGCCUGCAGGCAGCGCCAGGGUGGCCGCUUCAAAUUGA